UUUCCAAUAUUGUUUACAUCUGCGCGAUAUGCGUGAAACCCGGCGUUCGUGUUUGCUAUUGAUUGAUUCGGUUUUCCAUUUUAUCAGUCGCGGUUGCCUAAACAAAAUUGUGAAAUUGUAAAUAUUGUGUGCUCAAGCUUUGUUAGUUUAUUUUACGGUUUUUCGAAAGUCGACGACGUUGUGUAUUGAGUAUACACGAAAUUGGUUCCGAUUCGUGAGAUCUGUGUGAAGUAAAAUAAUUAAGUGAAUUGGUCGUGCACGCAUAAAUUGCAUAGAUCACAUUAGGUACUGCAUUCGUACUGAAAAUGUUGCUCAAAGUAUUCGUGAUAGUGUUAUCAAUAAGUCAAGUGUACAGUGUUCCAAAGCGAAAGAGCUAUUCGGAUCUGAAGUCGUGCAAUCUCGGCCCUUUAGCUAAGGAAAUAGCUUCUUACGAUACUGUAGUAAGGAGUAUAUUAGACUACGUCAGAGGACCAUUCAAAGGGAAGACUUAUGCCGAGUUGGCAAAAUUCGUAGACAAGUUUGGUGCUCGGCCUUCGGGCUCGGAUACACUUGAGCAGUCUAUUGACUAUCUGGUCCAGUUGACGCGAGAUGAAAAUAUCAAGGAUAUUGUCACGGAGGAAGUCAAGGUUCCACAUUGGGUGAGAGGCAAGGAACAAUUCACACUAUUAAAACCAAGAGUGAAAAAUAUCAAUGGGUUGGGGUUCGGUUCAAGUAUCGGCACUCCACCAGAGGGCAUCACGGCUGAAGUUAUAGUUGUGUCAAGCUUUGACGAAUUUAGCAAUAUUUCUGAACAUGAUGUUAAGGGUAAAAUUGUUGUUUUCGAUCCCAAGUUUGUAGAAUACUCUGUGACAAACAUAUACAGGACGACCGCAGCGUCUGUUGCAGCAAAAAAGGGGGCAGUUGCAACUUUAGUGCGAUCAAUAACACCAUUUUCUAUAAAUUCACCGCACACUGGUCAACAAUCCUACGAGGAAAACGUUGUUAAGAUCCCAACGGCUGCUAUCACAGUCGAGGAUGCAGAUUUAAUGCGAAGGAUGUUUGAACGUGGUGAAAAAAUAGAGGUCCAAAUACAAAUGUCAGCUACAACAAACGAUGAUAAAAUUUCAAGAAAUACUUUAAUCGAUUUGAAAGGUACUGAACGGCCUGAAAAACUUGUAAUUGUAUCCGGUCAUGUAGAUAGCUGGGACGUUGGACAGGGAGCUAUGGACAAUGGUGGUGGAGUAUUUAUUAGUUGGGCUGUACCUGUGAUAUUGCAACGACUUAAUCUUAGACCAAAACGAACUAUUAGAUCAAUAUUUUGGACCGCAGAAGAACCAGGUUUGAUUGGAGCGACGGCAUACGAAGCGAAACACAGGAAUGAAAGUCAUAAUAUCGAUUUUAUUAUGGAAUCCGAUGAAGGUACCUUUGCACCACUGGGUUUGGUAGUUACUGGCACACAAGAGGCGAGAUGCAUUAUAGCUGAAGUUUUGAAACUGUUCGAAUCGAUAAAUGCGAGUACAUUGGUUGAAAGCGACAGUCCAAGCUCAGAUAUUAACGUGAUCGUCGAUACUGGAGUGCCAGGAGCGGGUCUGUAUAACGCUAAUGAUCGUUAUUACUGGUUCCAUCACACUGAGGGAGAUACGAUGAAUGUAGAAGAUCCAGACGAAUUAGAUUUGGGCGCUGCAAUGUGGACGGCGGCUGCUUACGUCAUCGCCGAUAUUUCGGUUGAUAUUCCACGAGCACAAGACAAAGCUAAGAGAAGUUAAAUAUUAGCAACUUUGUAAAAGCGCAUGAAUUUAAUAUUUUUAAAACAAAAUAUUUCUGAAUAAAGCAUUGUUAAUAUUCAUUUUUUUACAUAACAUGUUGAUAACAAUAAAUGUGUCCUUUAUUCAUGGUGCAGUGUGGUAAUUACUGUAGUUUAACAUUAGACAUGUUUAUUUUCUUUAACUGUCAGACUAAACUGAAUUGAAUUAAAUACUAUAUUGCAACUAUUUCGUUCUUAGUAGAAUAGUACACAUCUACAUUGCAAAGGAAGUAAUAAUAAGAAGAAGUAAUAUAAUCAAGGUUUUCGAGUCGUUUUUUUGUCCCAGAAAUACUUCACUGACAUUCAGGAUUACAAGUAUAUGGAAUAUAAAUGUAAUUAUAAGAAGUUAUUAGGUAGUAUAAGUGUUGGAAAGGCGUGCUUUA